CCCCACAGACAGAGAUAACUCCACCUACACCUGCACCAUCUACAGCACAGAUAAAAAAAACAAUCCUAAUGAAGAAACAAGUAGAGCUGAAAGUCAAAGUCCCCCUUGUCGAGGUGGAGGAUUCAGGGCUGGAGUCUGUCCAGCUGGCACACAAAGCUGCACUUAACCUGCCUAAAGACGCUAAAGUUGAGUGGACGGACAGUUCAUACAGGAUGCUUCACGUGUAUCCAAGCAGCUCUGACCAACCUGAAGAACAGGACCGCCGUUACAGAGGACGAACAGAGAUGAAUGAAGACCUGCUGAAAAAUGGAGACCUCACGCUGACCCUGAAACACCCCACAGACUGGGACAGAGGCCCCUACACCUGCACCGUCUACAGCACGGAGGGAAACAUCCUGAUGAGGAAGCAAGUGGAUCUGAAAGUCGGAGUCUGUCAGGUGGAGGUGGAGGAGGGGGCGGAGUCUGUCCAGCUGCCCUUCAAAACCACAGAAAACCUGCCUGAAGAUGUUAGAGUGAAGUGGAGGGACAGAUGCAACAGGAAGCUUCACGUGUAUCAGAACGGCUGGAGGGCUGAAGAACAGCACCAGGUUUACAGAGACCGAACGAAGAUGAACAAAGACCUGCUGAAAACUGGAGACCUCAGUCUGACCCUGAAACACCCCACAGAGAGAGACAGUGGAGGAUACAUCUGCACCAUCUACAGGGACAAAGACAUCCUGAGACAGAAAGUAGUGCUGCAGGUCAAAGAACCAUUUCCAUCCUGGGCCAUAGCUCUGAUGAUUCUUCUGGUUCUUCUUGUUUCUGGAGGUCUUCUAUUUCAUUUCCGGCACUAUUUCAUGAAAGUUUACCAGGUGGUGGUAGAUUCAGGGGUGGAGUCUGUCCAGCUGCCCUGCAAAAUCAUUCUUCCCCCAGCUAACAAUGCUAAAGUGGAGUGGCAGAACAGAAACAACAGGAAUGUCCACGUCUAUGAGAACGGCUCUGAUCAGCCUGGAGAACAGGACGAGGUUUAUAGAGACCGAACAAAGAUGAAGAGAAACUUACUGGAACCUGGAGACUUCAGUCUGAUCCUGAAAUACCCCACAGACAGAGACACAAACACCUACACCUGCACAGUCUACAGCGGGUUACGAAAAAGCCCAGUGAGGAAAGCUGUCGAGCUGAUAGUCAGAGUCCCCGAGGUUGUCAAAGUGGAUUCAGGGGCACAUGUUGUUGAGCUGCCCUGCAAAGCCGAAGUUCCCCUGCCUGAAGAUGCAAAAGUGGAGUGGAAAGACAGUGAUAAUGACAAGGUUCACGUUUAUCAGAACGGCUCUGACCAGCCUGAUGAGCAGGACCUGAUUUAUAGAGACCGAACUAAGAUGAAUGAAGACCUGCUGAAAACUGGGGAUGUCAGCCUGACCCUGAAGUACCCCACAGACAAUGACAUAACAACCUACACCUGCACCGUCUAUAACAGAAAGGGAACUGUCCUAAUGAAGAAACAAGUGAUGCUCAAGGUCAAAGUUCACCAGCAGGAGGUGCAUUCAGGACAGGAUUCUGUCAAGCUUCCCUUUAGUAUCGAACCUGAUCUGCCUGAAGAAGCUAAAGUGGAGUGGACAGAUAAGGACAACAGGAAGGUCCAGGUGUAUCACAACACCUCUGACCUUAAUGAAUUACAGCAUCGUUUUUACAGACUCCGAACAGAGAUGAAUGAAGGACUCAUCAAAGCUGGAGAUCUUACUUUAACACUAAAAUACCCCACAGACUGGGACAGUGGCAUCUACACCUGUACUGUCUACAACAGGUAUAGAAAAAUCCUGAUGAAGAAACAAGUGGAGCUGAAAGUCAAAGUCUGUCAGGUAGAGGUGGAGCAGGGGGCGGAGUCUGUCCAGCUGGCAUUCAAAACCACAGAAAACCUGCCUGAAGAUGCUAAAGUAGAGUGGAGACACUAUGAACCAUUCAGGACCGUUUAUGUGUAUCAAAACGGCUCUGACCAGCCUGACAAACAGGACCAAGUUUAUGUGGACCGAAUACAGAUGAAUGAAGACCUGCUGAGAACUGCAGACCUCAGUCUGACCCUGAAACAGCCCACAGAGAGAGACAGUGGAGAAUACAGAUGUGAAGUGGACAGCACACAGAUCUACAGAUACAAAACUGUGCUGCUCAAAGUCAAAGAUCCUCUGAACUGUGACAGAGGUCUCACUCUGGAGGAAACUCUCAGCACUUUCCAGCAGCUCCUCCAUCAUGGAGGACGUUCCCUCACUUCGAGCAGCCCCACCAACCCCGACUUAACCAUCAAAGACGGCAGCAGUGAAUGUAAGGAGCGGUUCUGA